UAAAAAACAAAUAAUCUUAAUUGCAUUCAGAUCUUAAAACACAUCUUAAUGUUCAGAUGUCUUAAUCUUAAUACACAUCUUGAUAUUCAGAUAUGUAUUCAGAUUCAAACGUCUUAAUCUUAAGAAAAACAAAUGAGGCCUUAGUUCACUAGUAUAUCUACUGUUGACCAACUGCAGCCACAAAAUGUAUCAUACAAGAGUAGAGUAGUAUCAUUUUCAUUUUCAGUACUUAGUUGGACCAUGGUUCAGCAAUUAAGUGUUUAAUCCUCUAUUCUCUUUUGUCAGAAAAUUUUCACACAGGCAUCUCGCACAGAUAAAAUACAUAGUUCCUGAAGCCGUUCAGAUAGAUAAAUUACUUGUGCACGAUGAGAAGACCAUGUGCAUGAAGCCAGAUGUUAAAAUUACCUUGCAUUUCGAUGCUGUUGAAGAUCACAAAGAACACUCAAUGUUUAUGACCCUCAGCAAUCUUUUUGCAUCCAGGCUUGUGGAUUUUCUCCAUAAACAUGCUCAGCAGGAUUGUGACAUACCCGAAGCCAUACUUCCUGAUCCGUUUAACCAAAGCUGCCUCACUAGCAAUGCAGACCGGUUGCCUAUGGACUUACCAAGUCCACUUGAGUCUGAAUUAUUAUCAUCAUCUCAUCUCUGUCCAUCUUUCAGUCCACGCUUUUCUCGGCAGGCUGUUUCUACAGAAGCAAAGAUAGAUCAUCUCUCAGCACCUUCGCCGGCAUGCUUACCUUGUGUAUCUGAAUGUACAUUGAAUGAGGAUCUUGAUUCUAAAAGGAGAUCUCCUAAGUCACCCAAAUCCUCCAUCAACCUGAACAAUGUUGAAGAGAGCCAACCUCUACCAGGUUGUAGUUUGGUUGCAAAUGAAAGAACUCCUAUGAAGCUCCUGUCUGAAAGUGAAGUAAUGCUUGAAACACCUGCUCAGCCCACACCAAAGAGAUCGGUGCCAAUUACCGAAAAUAAGUACAAGAGUAUGACAUGCCAAAACUCUGUUGUUUCCAAUCUAAUUGUCAAAAGGUCAUUGGAUUUUUCCACCUUGGGUGGUGAAGAGAUAUCUUCAGAUUUGAGUUCUGGCAGUAUAGAGCAUCAUGAAGAUGUAGAUAAUGCCCUUAAAAUGGAAAGGAAGUCGAUUUCAAAGGAAGAUCAUGUUAAUGCUGAUAUAUGCCCUCAUGAGGUUCAGGAAAGGAGUUGCUCCUUUAGCAAGGAAGAGAAGAAUUAUCAAAGUCAUUUGACUGCGGCCCGGCAGGAAUCUCUUGGUUUAUCCGAUCUUGUUCGUCUAAUUCACCGCAUUUUCCAGUCUGUUGGCUGCCGUUCAAUGACUAAAGUGGAGCUUGUUCACAAGAUCAUAGUGCAUGACUAUGAUAUUGAUGAGAACACUGAUGUGGAAGGGCAGAUAGAACUUCUUGAGAGACUAGUUCCAGAUUGGCUAUGCAAGAAGUCUGCUCCCACUGGAGACCUUUUGUACAGUAUCAAGAAAGUUCCUGACUUGAGCUCUGUCUGCGAAAGGAUUAUAGGUGUAUGAUCGAUUUAUUACAAGGGCGCAUGUCGUUGGAGAUGCUCAAGAUAGUAACUCAUAAACUCAGUUCUGGUCCUUGCGCAUCAUAUACAAGAACUUGGUGCAUUUAUGGAGUAUUUGGGACGGGCGAUUGUCCAAAAAUGUAGUGAAGGCAUACUAUAGCCCUGUAAUUUGUUCUGAAGUAGAUUAGUGUAAAUGAAGAUUGAGCUGCUUAUCCAUUUGAAUAACUCACCUAAUUGAUUGAUGGAGUUUUUAGUAGCUCAUGCAGUUGAUCGGAUAUUUAACUGGCA